UAUAUUGCCUGGGAAAGAUCUUCAUCAAAGGAGAGCUUUCGCCAAUAAACCUAAUCAGUGAAGCUUUUAACGCAGAGAAAGCAACAAGUUCUUUUUACUGUUUUAAGUUUUACCCUUCACAAAGGAGAUGGCAACCGGUGGAAGCAACACGACAUUUGACCUCAGUCCCAAGUCCCUGGUGGGCGUGGGCGUGGGCCUGGUGGCGGUGGGCGGUGCCAGUUACCUGUUGUACCGCCACCUGACCCGCGAUGUGAUGCCCCAAAAGUGGCGACGCGUGGGCACCGUGGAGAGGGUUCACUUCUUUCCGGUUAAGUCCUGUGCUCCUCUGCAAAUCUCCAAGACCGGAGUGGAGUACGACUGCGAUGUGCUGAGCAUGUCCUUUGAGGGAAUAAGGGAUCGUACCUUGAUGGUGGUUAACGACAAGAACGAAAUGGUCACGGCUCGCGUAUAUCCCCACAUGACCCAGAUCCAAUCGAAGAAGGUGUCGCCCAGCAAGCUGAUUUUUAGCGCCCAGGGCUUGCCCGACUUGGAGUUGGACUUUGAAAACCUGGAGGGUCCUGGAAAGGAUGUGAACACAUCCGUUUGGGGCGUUCCCGUGGACGUGAUGCCCUGCGGAGAUCGGAUCAACAAGUGGUUCUCACAGGCCAUCCUGCAGAAGGAGAGCGGCCUCAAACUUGUUCACUACCCCUAUCCGAAGCCAGUGAGAAGCACCAAUCCGCGACUCAAGGACAUGCCCUUUAUAAGACAAGAGGAUUCGGGCACCUUCAACGAUGCCACCAGUUUUAUGCUGAUGAACCUUUCUUCGGUAGCUGAUCUCAACACUCGGCUAAAAAAUCCUGUGGAUGCCCUCCAGUUCCGUGGUAACUUCGAGCUGAAAAUGGAUGUGGACGAGCCCUAUGCCGAGGACAAUUGGCAAUGGCUGCGUAUUGGCGAUGAUGCUGUCUUCCGUACGGUGGCGCCUUGCACGCGCUGCAUCCUUCCGAACAUAAAUGUGAAGACUGCUGAGAGGGACGCCGAUGGGGAGCCACUGAAGACGCUGAGAAGCUACCGCUUGUUCAACUACAGCUCACCGGCUCUGGGCAUCCAUUUGGGUCUUCGGCUUCCAGGAAAGGUCAAGGCAAACGAUGUGGUGUACGUGGGGGACAAGUGAUCGCUCCGAAGGCUCUUCCAAUAUAUUAUUCCGCAUACAUUCAAGUUUAUUACAUAGAACAUAGAUAAUGAGGGUACCGUAAAGUUUUAUAUGCAAAUAUACAUGUGUUAUGAGCCUAUAACAAUAUAAACAA